AAUGAGCUGAGAGUGAUCUUUAGAAAGGGGUUCACCAUAAAGUAUAAAUUGAGAAAGUAUCUUCGAAGUUAUUAAACCUUGGCCUUCAGACCCACGAAUUUCACACGCGGUAUACUCGUAUACCAUGUGACUGCUUUUUGACCAAUCAGAACAUUGGUGACCAUGAGCUCAUUGUUACUCCGAAAACUCAGAGUUUAGGAAAUUUUAUCGAAGUUUUAGAGCCAGAAUUUAGCGUAUUUUUAACCGAUUGUAUGUCUUAACUAAAGGAAAAUGGCUGAGGUGUUUCCCCCGGAUAUUAACGAUGUGGCUUUGGCAGCCGGAGAGGAUGAAUUAUCCAGUGAUGAUGAAUUUGACGAGGGCCAGGUUUACGAUGAACCGAUGGACGGAGAUGAGAGGAUGGAAACCCUCCAGUUAUCUGAAGAAACUGUUAAUCCGAAGGACGAGAAAGUCGGACCGGAAAGUUUUGAGCUGUUAAAAGUCCUAGGGAAGGGUGGAUACGGAAAGGUAUUUUUAGUCAAAAAGAACCAUGGACACAGUAAAGAAAAAAUAUUCGCUAUGAAAGUGUUAAAAAAGGCUGCAAUUAUCAGAAGCCAGAAGGAUACAGCACACACUAAGGCAGAGAGAAACAUUUUAGAAUGUGUCAAGCAUCCAUUUAUCGUAGACCUGAUAUAUGCCUUCCAGACUGGGGGCAAAUUGUACCUAAUCCUGGAAUAUUUAAGUGGUGGGGAGUUGUUUAUGCAGCUGGAGAGGGAAGGAAUUUUUUUGGAGGAUACAGCCUGUUUUUACUUGUCUGAGAUCUCCAUGGCGCUGGAACAUCUCCACAAGCAAGGGAUUGUGUAUAGGGAUUUGAAACCAGAAAAUAUUUUAUUGGAUGCAAAUGGCCAUGUGAAGUUGACAGAUUUUGGCCUUUGCAAGGAAUCCAUAUUUGAGAAUAGUCUCACCCAUACAUUUUGUGGAACAAUUGAAUACAUGGCACCAGAGAUCCUAACAAGAAGUGGCCACGGCAAGGCAGUUGAUUGGUGGAGUUUAGGAGCAUUGAUGUACGACAUGCUGACAGGAACUCCACCCUUUUGUGCUGACAACCGAAAGAAAACAAUAGACAAGAUUUUAAAAGGGAAGCUUAUAAUCCCCCCUUACCUAACACCAGAAGCCAAGGACUUCAUUAGAAAGCUAUUGAAGAGACAUCCUCAGGCUAGGCUUGGCGGGAUGGCAGGCGAUGCUAAUCCUAUCAAGGCCCACUCUUUCUUCAGGCACAUCUGCUGGGAAGAUCUGCUCGCAAAGAAAGUGGAACCACCCUUCCGACCCUCCAUUAGUGGAGAGGAAGAUGUAAGUCAAUUUGACAGCAAGUUUACCAGACAAACCCCUGUUGAUUCUCCUGACGACUCUAUGCUUAGUGAAAGUGCAAGCAAUAUCUUCCAGGGUUUCACAUAUGUCGCACCAUCUGUGUUGGAAUCCCUGUGCAGAUCCGAUAACUUCUCUCCCUGGAAAGUCAGAUCGCCCAGAAAGAACACUGGUCCCAUGAGCCCGGCGAAGGUUAAGGGUGCUGGCAUGAGUCAGUUCGGCUUUGAGCAGGCCUGGCAGCCCAACCGCGAUCCCGGCGCCGCGUUUAACAAGUCAUCAGCUAAGCGAAAUAUUGACUUCCCCUCCCAAGUCUUGCACCAUGACGUUGUCAUGGCGACCAAUGGGCCGGAAGCUAAUUGCACUGGACCACCAUGCACCAGAUCUAACAGUAGAGCAACCAACAGGCCCCUGUACAUGACGUAACAGCUAAUGAACCCUGGACUGGCGAGGGUGGAGCUGGUAGCAGCAAAUGGCGGUAUCGGAAAAGAAACCUCGCUCUUUUGUGGGUUUCCAGGAGUGAUGGUCUCCCUCGUGCUAACACACCACUUGUUGCUCUAGAAUAGAGUUCAAUACCUCAACCUUUAGGCACAAACACCUCAGUCGCGGUUCUGGUAUUUGCUGCGCCACAUAAUCCGCCCCGGUCCAAAGGGACUUAAAGGUGUGCACUCGGUUAACCAGCUUGGCUGAGGGUUAAAGACUUAUUAUAUUAAAUAAUUUAUUGCGGAUAUCGAUAUAGGUUUUACAGAGGUAUUGCUGCACGCUUUUUAGUUGAAUCCGAAUUUUAACCGUGAGCAACGGUGUUUUACAGGGCUAGGAUGAGUGUUGGAGCAGUAACCAAAGGUGCCUCCAAACUGGCGUACGCUACUCGUGAGCUUUUCUUUAUUUGGAACUUGCAAUGACUUCAAAAAAUCAGGUGACAACAGUUUUCACGGCUUUCUGUGGCCCCUUUUGCCUUUUUAUCAAAAGAAGCUUUGAAGGUGUUGAAGAAGAAUAAUGAACUCGUUCUAGCGCAUUGUUAGAAGUGAUGCUGUCUCCAACCUCUAGACCCAUGGCGUCGAGUCCAUCGGAAGGAAAGGAAAAAAAGCGUUUGUUCGCUAGUUUCCUUUUAUCCCGUUUUUGGUUCUGCUUGUCCGAGACGUCUCGAGGAUGCGUUUUGUUACGUCAUGCGCAAAUAUCUGCUAUGCUCACGACUUGAAUGUCAUCCUAACCUGUAUUUGAAAAAAAACACAUUUAAACUUGAAAACUCGCUCAAACUUGGUGCCCAAACAUUGCCGGCCUUGAGGCAUAGACUAACCAAGUUAUUCUCAGCGAUUAUGCUUAGGAUGAAUAUUAUUUAUAAUGAUACAAUUGUGUGCUGGCACGAAGUAGGAUUUCAAAUAUUUAGCUUUGGUUUAUUCACUGCUACCUGUUGAACAGAUAGUAAACUCGCUUUUUUAUAUGAAAUGCACACAAACGAUUUUUAGAGGAAAGUUAUCAGAUAUUAAUUCGGCCUUUUUAGUUUUUCGCUAGACUAUAUUUUCUCUCGGUCGUAAAAUCAGAUUACCUGCUGGUAGAUGCGUCUUUGGUGUAUUUCGCACAGUUGGCUUUUCGGGGGAUAUGUUAUACAAGCUGAGCGAAAUGCAAAGAUAAGAGACCUCUGACCGCUGGUAAAAAUGAGUACAUUUUGUACUUCCGGUCCUGUUGCCGCGUUCUAUAUGCCGAGCUCGUGGGCUCUCGUCGUCGACUCUAAGCAGAACUAUUGAAGAUUUUCUAAAGCAAGUCAACAAAUUUUCUAAAACCUCUGUCAUAACCGAUUUCAAUGAAAAUACCUCAUAAGGAAUGGAAACCUCUACUUAUAUGGAGAAAGAUGAGAUAUUUUCUAUGUUCGAUGUUUGUUUCAACUGCAGGGCCAGUCUAUUUUAAUUUAUUUCGCAUUCAAAACGUUGAAGACUAAAAGAGUGCUAAUACAGAGGGAAAGUAUACAAUGGCCAUUAUGGGACUGGCUAUGCCAAUAUUUAUGUUAGGGUUGGGAUGUAAUUUUUUUUCUAACCAACGUAUUAGUUAUCACUGUCCUAAUAAAAUGUCAUAUAUAUUA